CGUCUCUCUCCUCCCUCCCCCCUCCCCACCCCUCCCCUCCUCCUCCUCCUCUUAUUUUCUCUCCUUCCUUCAACUUGCUCGGCAACCAAACAGUGCGAGAAAUCAGAACCAUCAUCAUCAAUGGAAUCCUCGCCAAGACACCAACAAGAGAACCCAAACCCUUCUCUGCUUCCUUCUCCAAACAGCCACAGCUCCAACAGCAGCACAAGUAGCACCCACAGCAACAACAAUGGACUUCAAGCUCCACCAACAACUCCAACUCCUCAACCCCCAAAACCCAUCACCAGAUCCGAAUCCGCCAACCCUUACCCGACCACCUUCGUCCAAGCCGACACCAACUCCUUCAAACAAGUCGUCCAAAUGCUAACUGGAUCCUCCGAAACCGCCAAGCAGGCCUCUUCAAAACCCGCCAACACCUGCCCAGACCCGCAUAACAAAACCCACAUACCACCCAUCAAAUCCACGCCCAAAAAGCAACAAUCCGGGUUCAAGCUCUACGAGCGCCGAAACUCACUCAAGAACCUCAGAAUUAACCCCCUAAUCCCCGUCUUCAGUUCCAACGCCUCCGGCUUCUCUCCCCGAAACCCUGAGAUUUUAUCUCCGAGCAUUCUCGAUUUCCCGGCUUUAGUUCUCAGCCCGGUCACGCCGCUCAUACCCGACCCGUUUGACCGGUCCGGGUCGGCCAAUUACUGGUCGAAUCCCAAUGGGUGUGCCCAUUUAAACAAGGAGGCUGAAGAGAAAGCCAUUAAAGAAAAGGGUUUUUACUUGCACCCGUCACCGAGCACGACCCCGAGGGAAUCGGAGCCCCGACUGUUGCCUUUGUUCCCUACGACGUCGCCUAGAGCUUCAGGUCAUUGUGUCAUUGAUGGGGUAUAACAAAAAGUGAUAUUCUGUUGCAUGAAAGUCUUUCUCCUCAACCUACGAUUGAGCCAAGCACUACUAAACGUUAUGCCACCUGGCUUAUACUUGGAUGCAUGACAUCAUCAACCAAUCUCACUACCUAAUUUUUUGGUCAUACUCAUAUCACUACUACUUUGUUUAGUGAGCUUUUCAUCAAAGGUCUUUUAUCUUUAUCCACAGUUUUGUCAAAGCUAUAGCAAUUCACCUUUUUUUUUCUCUUCUUUUUCUAAAC